AGACUGAUACCUGUGCUGGUAAAUGGUAUGAAAUAUUCAGAGAUUGAUAUUAUUCUGUUGAAGGGGGAUGUUGAAGAAGAUGAAACUAUUCCAGAUAGUGAACAGGACAUAAGACCUCGUUUUCAUCGUUCACGGACAGUAGCUCAGCAACAUGAAGAAGAUGGUAUUGAAGAUGACGAUGAUGAAGACGAUGAUCUUGAUGAUGAUGAUACUAUUUCUGACUGGAAUUUAAGGAAAUGUUCUGCUGCUGCUCUAGAUGUCCUGGCUAAUGUAUUUCGUGAUGAACUUCUGCCACAUAUCUUGCCUCUUUUGAAGGAAUUGCUCUUCCAUCCUGAAUGGGUAGUUAAAGAAUCUGGUAUCCUUGUUCUUGGAGCAAUUGCUGAAGGCUGCAUGCAGGGUAUGAUUCCAUAUCUUCCUGAGCUGAUUCCUCACCUUAUUCAGUGCCUCUCUAACAAAAAGGCUCUUGUGCGCUCCAUUACAUGCUGGACUCUUAGUCGCUAUGCACACUGGGUAGUUAGUCAACCCCCAGACACAUACUUGAAGCCAUUAAUGACUGAGUUGCUAAAGCGUAUUCUGGAUAGCAACAAGAGAGUACAAGAAGCUGCCUGCAGUGCCUUUGCUACUCUAGAAGAGGAGGCUUGUACAGAGCUUGUUCCUUAUCUUGCGUAUAUACUUGACACUUUGGUCUUCGCAUUUAGUAAAUAUCAGCAUAAAAAUCUGCUCAUUCUUUAUGAUGCAAUAGGAACUCUAGCAGAUUCUGUUGGACAUCAUCUAAAUAAACCAGAAUAUAUUCAGAUGCUAAUGCCUCCAUUAAUCCAGAAGUGGAACAUGUUGAAGGAUGAAGAUAAAGAUCUGUUUCCUUUAUUAGAGUGCCUGUCAUCAGUUGCUACUGCCUUGCAAUCUGGCUUUCUUCCGUACUGUGAACCUGUGUACCAGCGCUGUGUAAAUCUGGUGCAGAAGACUCUUGCACAAGCCAUGUUGCACAAUGCUCAGCCAGACCAAUAUGAGGCUCCAGAUAAAGAUUUCAUGAUUGUGGCUCUUGAUUUACUCAGUGGUUUAGCUGAAGGACUUGGAGGCAACAUUGAACAGCUAGUGGCUCGCAGCAAUAUCCUGACACUAAUGUACCAAUGUAUGCAGGAUAAUAUGCCUGAGGUACGGCAGAGUUCUUUUGCGUUGUUAGGUGAUCUGACAAAGGCGUGUUUUCAGCAUGUUAAGCCUUGCAUCG